ACACGCGGUACACGACCUGGUCCGAUAUCGCUCUCUUGUACGCUAACAAGCAUCGAAGGGUACCGAAAGACAUUAAAUGUGACUGCAAGCGGACGACAGUGCUCUGCGCAGGCCUUGCGAUGAUCUGACGCUCUGUACAUUUGAUUUACCUUUAAUGUAUUCUCAACGCAAACAGUAAAAGGACACAGUUGGCACAUUUCCAAAGGAUGAUCUCGUCUACCGUGCUCUCGAUAGACUGCUUCUGUUUGAAGCACUGUGAUGUCUUUCAAAGAGACGCUCCCCCGGAAGCGAAUUUAGUCUAGAAAGUGCCCUCGGCGCUACUACUAUGCAAGAAACGAAUCAUGCCUGCGGUCGAAGUUCGAGAAGAAAGAGAAAAAUGCAACAGGCUGUUGGAGGUCUUCGACGAUGUGCAUGCGUUCCUGUCCGAUCGAGUUGUUCGCUCGAUUCCCGAAAGCAUCGAAGUGUUUUUUCGGGACAACGGUGUGCCGGGAAAACUCAGCGAAGACGUUUCGGACGCCUGCUUGCGGUACAUCAUCCACGGUUCGUUCAUCGACAUUCUUGCCGCGCGCAAGAUACUUCAGAAGCACCUGCUGCAACAAGACACCGUCGACUUGCAGCGAGUCGCCGAAGCUGACGAUGUUGCCCUGUCGGAAGCGUUUCAGGACCACUACGUUGAUGUGGCGUCGCACGAGGUUAUUGGUGCUGAUGUCAUCGAAGACUGCCCCGAAUUGGCCGCCGAGGAAGAUGGCUUCUGUUCACCCAGUGAAACAACGCUUCUCGUCAACGUUGUUGCCGAAAGCGGCGCGUGUAGUGAGUUUUGUUCCUCCGACCUGCAGCACUCGUUUGACCAAAUCGAGGCCGUUGCGAGUGAUGUCAGCGCUGUCGCCUUGGAAAAGGAGCCGCAGCAGGUCAGCUGUGACCCAAGUGCAGUGCCGAAUCCAGUUGUCAUUGAGAUCCACUGCUCGAAACUGGAGGACGCCAUGCUGAAUCUCCCUUUGGAUCUUCCCCCAUCCCAAGACAAUGUGGUGGAGCAGUUCAUGGAAGACCCGACAGCCGUGGCCGUCACCUGUACGACAGAUCAGAUAGCAGAGGAUAGCGGAGGAGACAACGUCGCCCUCGAGCCAGUGACGGAAGUUCAGAAACAGAAGCGUAACUACGAGGAGGUCACGCCUUUCAAGUACUUCUGCGAGCUGUGCUCAUUCAAGACAAAGCGGAACAGCCACUACCUGAAGCACAUCAAGAUACACGAAAAGGUGACUACACUGCACAGCUGCGACAAGUGUUCCUUCACCACGAUGCGCCUGGGCCACUUGAGAAGGCAUGCAUCUACUCACAGCAACCAUCUUCAUCGCUGCACCCAUUGCAGCUACACAACUGACGACCAAAAGUUGCUCCUGCGACACAACCGCAUGCGCCAUUAUCGGACUAAGCGUUCCCGACAAGCACCGGCCAAGCCUAUGGAAUGCCCCCACUGCAACUACCGUACCACACGGCCACUACUACUUGCCAGACACCGUCAACGCCACGCAGGCGACAGCGGGACGCUCCAGAGCAGUGCGCCCUUGCACCAGUGCACCCAGUGUGGCUACCAGACGCAUCGCAAGGAGCACCUGGUGCGGCACCGAGCCAAUGUCCACGGAGGGGCGCGCCCAUUCCUGUGUCACCGUUGUGGCAAGGCCUUCAAACGGGCAGAUGCCUUGCGCCAGCACCAUCUGACACAUGCCGGCCCGAACGAGGGUGCCCCUCCAGCCUCUUUUGCAUGCCCACAAUGCCACAAGGUCUUCCGGACCCACUCGCACCUCUCGGAGCACCAAGCAAUCCAUUCAACGGCACGACCAUUUUUGUGCGAGAUCUGCGGCUCGGCUUUCAAGACGCGCUCCGUGCAACGCAAGCACGUUCAGUCGGUUCACAACAAUCCGCGGGCAUUCUGCUGCAGCUGCUGCACCAAGAAGUUCAACACUCAGUAUGCGUUAAAACGGCACCAGAAGCUUCACCAGCCGCCAUCCGAGCAGCAACAACGGCACCAGCAGCCAGCACAGCCGCAUCUACUCGCACCCCCAUCAUUGCCACUACCAGAGGAGCAGAUUCAUGCUGCAACAACACUUCAAGACGUCCUUGGAAGCACGGCUCCUGCCAUGUCCGGACCAGUGGCCGAGGUGCCUGGCCUAGAGCAUGUCAUAACAACCGUGCCCAUUCAAGACACGUGCGACGUGAUUGGACAGAUCUCGACAGCCAUGCUGCAACCUGCGGAGACUGCAACCCUGCUGUACCUAACAAACCCUCUGCCACCAUUUUGAACUCAAAGAAAGAA